AUGAUUAAUUCCAUAAAAAGAACAGGCGUCACAGGUCUAAAAGUAAUAGUAGACAAAAAUGAAUUAAAUAAAGAAAAUGAUAAUUCAUCUACAUAUAUAUUUAAGGCCUUUGAUGCCAUAAAUAAUAGGGAAAUUAUUAUUAAAAUUCCAAAAAAACUUGUUGAUAACCAAGGCAAAAUCAGUGUUUAAGAAAUCUCAGAAGCUGAAGAACUUGCAUAAACAAGAUUUUACUCAUCUUGUUACGCUUGUCAAAUGGCAUAUUUGUUCAAUCAGAAGUUAAAUGAAAGUAAUUUGCUUAAUGAAAUGCAACCUCUUUUUUAUGCUCACCCAAUUUUGUAUACUUUAGAUAAGCCAUUUUUCGGAAUGACAAAAGUUUAUGGCGAAACUUUCUUGCAAAUUCAAUUUAAAUUUGAAAAGUAUACAACCAACAGUGCUUAUAUCGAAUAAAAUAAAUAUUUUUAUUCAGCAUUUAGUCAUUUUACAUACUAAAUUAGUAAUAAACUUUUAGUAAUUAUGGAUUUACAAGGGUGUAAUAAUAUCCUUUCAGAUCCAUCUAUCUAAACCGAUCAGUAUUGGGAAUCAGAUUUAGAUAAAGAUGAGACGAAUAGAAAAAAUAAAGGAAUUGAAGAAUUCAAAAAGACAUAGCAUAAGGAUUGUAGUUAUUUAUGUAAAAAAUUAAAUCUCCCAGAAAUUAAUUAACAAUCCAAGAUUAAUGAAAAUAAAUGUCCAAAAGAAUUAAUUAGCAAUAUAAAUGGAAUUUGUUAUGAUUGCGAUGAAUUUGUUAAAGGUGAUAUGGAUUAGCUUAACAAUUUGAAAGACAAGAAAUUUAAAUUUAAUUGCAAUUUUUGUUUAACUGAGUAGAGUAAUAAAAUAAAUUAAGAAUGCAAAUGUUGUAACUAUAUAUUUCAAACUCCUCUAAAUAGCUAGAUAAAAUAAUUAACAAAUUUGGGUGAAUGUGCAGAUUGUAAAUCUAAAUGCUUAAAAGAAAAGUAAAAGAAUGCCUGCUAUUAUUGUAAGAGAGUUUGUCAAAAAAUUAUGAAGCAGUUAAAUAUUAAUGAUUAAGCGUUUUAUAUUUGCGAAAAUGCUCUAGAAUACCUCUCAGCUUUUAGAUGUAAAAAAUGUAAUAAACCAUAUAACAGAAACUCCAUUAUUUCACUGGAGGAUUAUAAUGGGAAAUCAUUUUCCUGUUGCUGA